GCUCAUCAGCAGAGCAGAAAAGCUGACCAUUUGCUGGCACUGGGGAAGUACGAAGAAGCCAUUUCGUGUCAUCGAAAGGCAGCAGCAUGCCUUUUGGAAGCGAUGAAGUUGACUCAAUCAGAUCAGGCCCAGUUAUCCCUAGAAUUGCAAAGGGACAGUCACCUGAAACAGAUACUCCUUAUCCAAGAGCGAUGGAAAAGAGCAAGAAGGGAAGAAAGAUUAAAAAUACACCAUCUGGUGGACAAAGAGGGUGUGACCCACCUGCAGGCCUCUUCUAGGUCAUCAGCUGAGGAACCUGAUAACCAGCAUGUAGUAACUCCUGCCAGCCUGAAAUACAGCCCCUCCUUGGAGAAGGAGGUGAAGGGGUUCCGUGGCGUCUUGGACAGGGAUCCAGAUACGUUACUCUUUCUGCUUCAGAAAAGGAAGGAGCCCUUGGAAGUGUGCAUGAAGAGCAGACCUCCAAAGGAUGACAAGAUGAAAAUGGAAGAGCAGGCCACCAAAAUUGCAGUCUUAGAACGGCAUGUGGAGAUGCUGUUAGCUGAAAAUGAGAGAUUGAGGCGGGAGAACAAGCAGCUGAAGGCUGAGAGAGCCAGGCUGUUAAAGUCUCCCCUAGAAAAGGAGCUGGACGUAGAUGCCGACUUUGUGGAGAAGUCAGAGCUAUGGGGUCUGCAGCAGCUCUCGGAACCUGCUGCCGCCACUGCCGCCGCUGCUGCUACUACAGCCUCCCCCUGGCAGAAAUUGGCCACCAAUGCUGGGAAGGCCAAGGACAUUCCCAUCCCCAACCUCCCUCCAUUGGACAUUCCCUCCCCGGAGUUCCCUCUGGUAGAGCUCUCAGAGGAUCUCCUGAAGGGGCUGAUGAACAGCUAAGGGAAGACCACUGGGUGGAUUCCCCCCUGCCCCCGGACUUCAUCACGGUCAGAGAGGGAUGCUAGUGGGACAGCCAUAGCUGAAGGGCAGAAACCUUAGUGACUUGGUCACUGUGAAAAAAUGCAUGAUGUUGAAUUGGUGAAGCGAAGUUAUACUGUUUACCAUCGUUGGUAAAAGCUGAGUGCUCUUCCUUCUCUCUUCAAGCCAAAGGACUGAAGGGAGAUCUGAUCCACAGUCCUGCAGGGCUCCCUUGAGUAUUCUUUGGAUGCAACGGGUCUCUCUUGUGCCAGAAAAUAAUGUAAAUCCUGCAUGGCACAAGGUGACAAUUUUGACAGGGCGAGGCACUUUCUAUCACGCAUUGGAUUGCUGUUUCUUUUAAUUAUGCCCAAAAACGAGUCAACAGAUCCUUGCUUCUGUGUGCCACCCUUUGCACUCCUGGCUUAAAAUGUGAUGUCAGCCAAUCAGGAGUCAUGCUAAAUUUCCAGGUAUUUUUAAGGACCCAAAUUUAAUUCUGCUGAAAUAUUUUGAUUUGUUUACAUAAUCAGGGUGCUUCAUAAUUUGUUGCCUGUAUAAGAAACAAUUAGGCAUUGUUUUAAAACAAAUAUGUAAGGAAGAACAAUUGUUGGUGCAUGAUAGGAAGUGAUAGUUGACAGAGAAUAAAAUGUUCCGGGUCUGUCUUGAA